UUCCUCUCUAUAUAUUAAUGUCCGCAGGGCUUCUCACUCUUCACAAUUAAGAGCGGACAAGACAGAACUGGUCGAACUCUUCUCCCUCUCCUUCCUCCUCAAAUUCUCAUAUUUCCACUUCGCAUCGCUCAACUCGGCGGAGAAGCUUGCAAAAGAUGGGGGAGAAUGGAGCGGCGAAGGGCUACCAGCAAGCUGCUUUCGCUGCCAUGGAUGUCUCGCUGGAGCACGGCAAUGGCGGCGGCGGCAAGUGCUACGACGACGACGGGCGGCCCAAGAGGACUGGUAAAGAUUCGAUCUUGGUGUCUUUUUAUUUCUUGUUCUUGGCGCAAAAUUCGAUCUUUGGGGGAAAAACCGUUUUCGUCGACGGUUUCAGGGACGUUGUGGACGGCGAGCGCGCAUAUCGUGACGGCGGUGAUCGGCUCCGGCGUGCUGUCCCUGGCGUGGGCCAUAGGGCAACUCGGCUGGGUCGCCGGCCCUAUCGUCAUGCUCCUCUUCUCCUUCGUCACCUACUACACCUCCACGCUCCUCGCCGACUGCUACCGCUCCGGCGACCCCGUCACCGGAAAACGCAACUACAAUUACAUGGACGCCGUCCACGCCUACCUCGGUGAGUUCGCCGCCUCUCCGCCGCCAAGGAGACAACUUUAUUUUACUUUACUCAUCUCUUCCCAUGUCACAGGCGGCGUAAAGGUCAAUCUCUGCGGACUCAUCCAGUACACCAACCUCUUCGGCGUCGCCAUUGGCUACACCAUCGCCUCCUCCAUUAGCAUGAUGGCCAUAAGGAGGUCGGACUGCUUCCAUGAGAAAGGCCACAAGAACCCGUGCCAUGCCUCGAGCACUCCGUACAUGAUCAUCUUCGGCAUCGUGGAGAUCUUUAUCUCUCAGAUCCCCGACUUCGAUCAGAUUUGGUGGCUCUCCAUCGUCGCCGCCGUCAUGUCCUUCACCUACUCCUCCAUCGGCCUCAGCCUCGGCGUCGUCCAAGUCGUCCAGAACAGAGGCUUCAAAGGAAGCCUCACCGGAAUCAGCGUCGGAACCGUCUCUCCGAUGAAGAAGGUGUGGCACAGCCUCCAGGCCUUCGGCGACAUUGCCUUCGCCUACUCCUUCUCAAACGUCCUCAUCGAAAUCCAGGACACCAUCAGGGCGCCGCCGCCGUCGGAGGCGAAGGUGAUGAAGAAGGCCUCGCUGGUGAGCAUCAUCACCACGACUCUGUUCUACAUGCUGUGCGGGUGCAUGGGCUACGCCGCCUUCGGCGACAACGCGCCCAGCAACCUCCUCACCGGCUUCGGCUUCUACGACCCCUUCUGGCUCCUCGACGUCGCCAAUGCCGCCAUCGUCAUCCACCUCGUCGGAGCCUACCAGGUCUUCUGCCAGCCUCUGUUCGCCUUCAUCGAGAAGUUGGCGUCGGCGAGGUGGCCGGAGUCCAGCUUCAUCACCCGCGAGAUCUCCCUGCCGCUGGGCUACAAGCUGAGCCUCUUCCGGGUGGUGUGGCGCACGGCGUUCGUGAUGCUGACGACGCUGAUCUCGAUGCUGAUGCCGUUCUUCAACGACGUGGUGGGGCUGCUGGGCUCUCUGGGCUUCUGGCCGCUGACGGUCUACUUCCCGGUGGAGAUGUACAUCGUGCAGAAGAGGAUCCCGCGGUGGAGCACGCAGUGGGUGUGCCUGCAGACGCUGAGCAUGGCGUGCCUGGUGAUCUCUGUGGCGGCGGCCAUCGGCUCCGUCGCCGGAAUCGUCACCGACCUGGAAGUCUACCGCCCGUUCAAGAGCGAAUCCUAAGUAAUUGUAUUUACGACUCUGUUUCUUUCAACAUAUGAAUAUUGUCGUUUACUGUCGGGAAAAUGUAGUGGAGCUUAGUUUUUGAAUAUCAAAAAAUAAAAAUAAAUAAUAAAUUUCAUGUAUUUAUUGCAUGAUAUUAUUAUUA